AUGACUCAUCCGACUUCACCACAACACUCACAGCAGAGCCCUUCGGCAGCUCCAUCGCAAUCAAUACCACUGCAGAACCUCGCAAGGUCCCCCGGCGAAUAUGAUCAUACACAAGGGGCACCCGGAGCAGCGGGUGUGGGCGCGGGUGCUGGCACUCGGAACACGCAGCGGAAUACAGCCAAUCUGCCUGGCAUCUCAACCUACUGGGAACCUUCACAGCGUGACACCAUGGGAUCGAGUCCGACAUCGCCAAUAGAUCCUGCCGCUUUGCAGUAUGCCCUCCCUCCUGAGAUCCAUCCAACGGAGCCGGCCAUGUUCCGACACAACUCGGCGUCAACGAACCCAUACGCCUCCCCGACUCCUUACUACGACGAGCUGCCGCACCACGAUUAUUUCGAAUCAGACAGUGCGCCGCUGACUUCUUCUGCACAACCUAUUUCGGGGGCUUCAUUGACCACGCCGCAGGUCGACGCGAUAUCGAGGAAUAGCUUCCAGACCGUAUCGGAUCUCGACAAUACUCCAUCCUCGCGACCUCGCGAUACGAAGAUGUUAGGUUUUGAUCUGGAAAAUGGUCCUGGGUCGACCAAGCACCGCAGCUAUGGAAACUCCCUCACGCCGACGGACCACCGAGCUUCGCGCUCCCCCGGCACGGCUUUUUACCGAGCUGGGUCUAUUGUUAGAGCCAUGUCCCAGCGUGUCGUCAACAUCAGUGGUGAGCAGGAGGCAAUAGAGCAACAGCAGCGUCGAGCUCGCUCAAGAUCACCGAGUGCCGACGGCCGCAGAUCCUAUGAUCCUUCUCACGUCUCUAUGGGCAUGGAUACCUCCUAUCCUUCCCAGGUCUACCCGCCGUCACCAGUGGAGAAGAACGGGUCGCAUGGCUUCCCUAUUCCUAUGACAGAGGCCAUUUCUUUAGCCCCCAGCAAGCCAAUGCCAAACCCCCUGAAGGGCCGCUCACUUGGAAUAUUUGGUCCGGAAAAUCCACUCCGAAAAAAGCUCUGCGAUGUCCUGGUGAAUCCUUAUAUGGAGCCAGUAAUUCUUAUCCUCAUCGUCCUACAGGCCAUUUUGUUGGCUGUUGAAGCGGCUUCUAAUGUCUUCGAACCUGGAAAUGAGCGCCCUCCCAAAUGGGCUGGGACUUCGUUCGAGUUGGCUAUGUUGGUACUUUUCACCAUCUUCACAUUGGAGAUUAUAGCCCGCGUCAUCGUAUCAGGCUUGUUCCUGAAUGCCACGGAGUACAGCACCAUUGAUCGGCAGCGAGGUAUUCGAGCGGCCGUCGCGGACAAGUAUCAGGCUGUGUUUCGACCGCAACGCCAGAAAUCGGUCAAAGGUCCCAGGGAAGAUGAUGCUGGAACUUCAACGUUCGCCAGAUCGUUCACUAUGAUGCACGGACAACGAUUGCCCGAGACGGUUGAAGAAGCGCAGAGGAUGCAACUAGCCCGUCGCGCGUUUUUGCGACACGGAUUCAACCGGCUAGAUUUUACUGCUGUUAUCUCAUUUUGGAUCACCUUCCUCCUGAGCUUGAGCGGUCUCGAGCACGAGUUACACUUCUACAUCUUUCGGAUGAUGAGCUGCCUCAGAAUUGUGAGGCUUCUUGCCUUGACGAAUGGAACUGCGAUCAUAUUGCGGAGUUUGAAGAAGGCCGCACCGCUGCUCCUGAGAGUGUCAUUUUUGAUUCUCUUCUUCUGGAUAUUGUUUGCUAUCAUUGGCAUUCAGAGCUUCAAGUCGAGUUUUAGCCGGCAAUGCGUCUGGCUGGAUCCGUUGGAUCCUACUAAUCUCAAAGCCGCCUUCACCAACGAGUUUACGUUCUGCGGCGGUCACCUGGACAAUAUUACCAAAGCUGAGAUGCCCUGGGUCUAUAGUCCCAACCAUGGGACACUGGACAAUUUGCGAAACGGUAGCAUAACGGCCAAGGGCUUCCUCUGUCCUCAGGGUUCCUAUUGUUUGCAGGGCGAAAGUCCCUACAGUAACACUGUCAAUUUCGACAAUAUUAUUCAUUCAAUGGAGUUGGUCUUCGUCAUCAUGAGCGCAAACACUUGGUCUGAUCUUAUGUAUUAUACGACCAACUCGGAUUACCUUCCUGCAGCCCUGUUCUUUGGUGCUGGCAUCAUGAUCAUGAUGCUGUGGAUGACGAAUCUGUUGAUCGCAGUCAUCACUUCGUCUUUCCAGGUCAUCAGGGAGGAGAGCAAGUCCAGUGCCUUCACCGAUGCUCAGGAUUCUACGAUGCCGGUGCAUCUUGACCAAGUUGCCCUGCAGCGCACGUCAACUCUGCAGAAAAUCUACGACAAAACACGGUUAGUUUGGGUGCUCUUCAUCACAUUCGAUCUACUGGCGCAAUCCUUCCGAAGUAACACAAUGUCCGCCCAGCGGGAACACUUCAUCGGCGCCGCGGAGGUCGUCGUCACCGUUAUACUCGACGUGGAAAUCAUUAUACGUUUCGCGGCCAACUGGCGAUCGUUCCACCGGAGCUAUCGCAAUUUGUUCGAUCUGUUCCUCGCUGUCGCGACGACGGUCAUUCUCUUGCCGCCGAUUCGGAACUCUGGAGUCACGUAUGCCUGGCUCACCCUGUUUCAAAUCCUGCGAGCCUAUCGUGUGGUUCUGGCCAUACCGAUCACCCGGAAGUUGAUUCUGCUCGUGCUCGGAAAUGCAACGGGUAUUGCGAAUCUCAUGCUCUUCGUGUUUCUGAUCACAUUCCUCAUGGCCAUACUUGCCGUCCAGCUCUUCCGCGGGGAGAUACCGAUGUACGAUGAUAACGGUGAUUUGAACCAGAUAUCAUUUUACAACAUCUACAACGCAUUCCUUGGCAUGUACCAGAUUCUGUCGAGUGAAAAUUGGACAUCGAUACUAUACGAUGUUACCAAGUACACGACAUAUUUGAAGACGUCCUGGUACGGUGCGAUAUUCCUGAUCGGAUGGUUCAUCCUGGCAUUCUUCAUUCUCGUCAACAUGUUUAUUGCGGUCAUCCAAGAGAACUUUGAUGUGUCGGAGGACGAAAAGCGCUUGGAGCAAGUCAAGGCGUUUCUCCAGAGGAAAGAACUGGGCAACAACACCAGCAACCUGGCUCUAUCCAGCAUCUUCACGUUUGGCAAAAAGCGGAAGAAGAAAGAUCCCCUCGACUAUGGCCCAGCAACCAUGGAAAUGCUGUUGAAGGACGCCGUUGUGCGAGAGUUUCUUGAUGAUAGCAUGGAUCCUUUGCAGGAGACUGACACGGGAACGGAAUCACCCCAACAGGGUAACGUUGCUGGCGAUGUUCGACCCGGGCUGCUUUCAUCCGCAUGGGGCAAGGUCCGGUCCAUUUUCACCAGCAAGGAGCCGAACCCGUUCUACUCCAAUCUCCGUUUCAACGGUCCGAAUGAUGCCUUAGAUCCCCGGGAAAUGGCGCGGCAGGCUGUGUCAGCCACCUCGGCACGACGCAAAGCUCAGCGUGAAUACCUUGCGCGACAUCCUACCUACAACAACUCGCUCUACAUCUUCACGCCUAAGAAUCCUCUACGCCGAUUAUGCCAGCUCAUUGUCGGACCCGGCAGGGGAAGCGAGCGGUUUGAUGGUGUGGAACCCAAUAAGAUCGCCUGGUACUCUUUCUCGGCUUUCAUAUACGCUGCUAUCGUCGCCAUGGUUGUUCUUGCUUGCGUGACGACACCUUUGUACCAAAAAGUGUACUUUGAGACCCAUGAUCCCUCUUUCUCCAACUGGUUCGUGUGGGUUGACAUGGGGUUCGCCAUAAUAUUCAUGGUUGAGGCUAUCAUCAAGGUUAUUGCCGAUGGCUUAUUCUUCACACCCAACGCCUAUUUCAGGAGUUCGUGGGGCAUUAUCGAUGGUGUGGUGCUUAUAACGCUGUGGAUCAAUGUCAUCACCCUUCUGGCCAACGAUGGGGCCGUCUCUAGGGCUGUUGGCGCCUUCAAGGCUCUCAGGGCUUUGCGCCUGCUCAACAUCAGUGACAGCGCGCGAGAUACCUUUCACUCUCUCAUCAUUGUUGCUGGGUGGAAUAUCCUCGGUGCCGCGUUCGUGUCAAUCUCACUUUUGAUCCCCUUUGCCAUAUACGCCGUGAACUUGUUCAAUGGUCAACUUGUCAAAUGUAACGACGGCGACGUUUUCAACCUUACGGACUGCUUUGGCGAGUAUAAUGCCACGCCCUUCAGCGGUGAUUGGCCAAUGCUCGCACCUCGCGUGGCAGCCAAUCCGUACUACAGCUUUGAUGACUUCGGCUCGUCUCUGUUCAUCCUUUACCAGAUCGUCUCUCAGGAAGGAUGGGUCGGUGUGUCUUUUGAUGUGCAAGCCAUUACGGGUCCCAAUACACAACCUCGCGAAGGAGCAGCACCAGGCAACGGACUCUUUUUUGUAGUGUUCAACCUAAUGGCUACAGUCUUUGUGCUCACCUUGUUUAUCUCUGUCUUCAUGCGCAAUUACACGGAGCAGACUGGUGUAGCCUUCUUGACAGCCGAGCAAAGAUCAUGGCUGGAACUUCGCAAACUUCUCCGGCAAAUCUCACCUUCGAAGAGCUCAUACGAUGACACGGAGAAGAAGUGGAAGAAGUGGUGCCACAAGCGGGCUAUAGAAAAGCGCGGCAAGUGGUAUACCGCCAUCACCUGUGUGCUUGUUUGUCAUCUGAUUCUGCUAAUGCUCGAAUACUACCCCGAGCCAGAAUGGUGGACUCGAACUCGAGACGUUACAUUCCUCAUCUUCACCCUUAUCUACAUAGCCAAUAUUGUUAUUCGCAUUGUUGGAUUGGGCUGGACAAGGUUCAGAAGGAGCUCCUGGGAUGUCUUCUCGUUGGUCGCCGUGAGCGGUGAGUUCGGCACGACGGUGCUGCUACUCAGCAACACCAGUUUUGAAACCUACAUCCAGCUCCACAAGUUCUUCCUCGUUGCCAUUGUUUUGUUGCUUAUCCCGAGAAAUGACGCUCUCGAUCAACUCUUCAAAACGGCCGCAGCAAGUUUGACAACGAUUGUCAAUCUCCUUGCAACGUGGCUUGUUUUCUUCCUGGUCUUUGCCAUUGCCUUUACGCAGACCUUCAGCUUGACUCGGUUUGGGCAGAGCGCAGAGGCCAACAUCAAUUUCAGGACUGUGCCAAAUGCGCUGAUCCUGCUGUUCCGAAUGAGUGCCGGCGAAGGCUGGAACGAGAUUAUGGAAGACUAUGCGGCCAUCGCACCGCCGUUCUGUGUGGAGUCUAUCGACUUUGCCAUGAGCGAUUGCGGCAGCAACGAGUGGGCACGAGCCUUGUUCAUCGCUUGGAAUCUUGUCAGCAUGUACAUCUUCGUCAAUCUCUUCAUCUCGCUCAUUUACGAGAGUUUCUCAUACGUGUAUCAACGUUCGAGCGGUCUAGCCAACAUUGACCGCGAUGAGAUCCGACGUUUCAAAGAGGCAUGGCGAAGUGUUGACCCGGCAGGGACGGGCUUCAUCAGCAAAGAAGCAUUUCCAAGGCUGUUGGGGGAGCUGUCUGGAAUUUUCGAGAUGCGCAUUUACGACGCCGAGGACUCGGUUCGGCAGAUCCUGGAGGACGUCCGGUCGGAUAUGAAGCCUCAAGCCAGACAUUCAUCCAUUACGUCCUCUAGUGUCCUUUCGAGUGUUGACGUGCACAAGCUAAAUAGCCGGCUUGCUCAGGUUGAUGUGUACAAAGUACGAGAACGUCGCCGCCGGUUCAAUAUUUUCUUCGAGGAAGUUAUGGUUUCUGCGGACCCCGACAAGGGCAUCUCCUUCACGACUGUGCUCAUGGUCUUGGCCCACUACAACAUCAUCAGCGAUAGCAAGAGCUUGAGACUCGAAGAAUUUCUGCGCCGUCGUGCAAGAUUGCAACGGGUCGAGGAAGAAGUCCGCCGGAGGGUUGUCCUUGGAUUCUUUGACACCCUAUACUGGACUCGCAGAUUCAAGAAGCACAUUGAAAAGAAAAAGGCGGCCCGGAUGACGGCGAUCCCACAACUUGAUGUCCCCGACAUAUUUGUGGACGAGGAAGCUGAACGUCAAAAGAAGCAGCGGGCCACGGUAGCGCCGACAUCGCGCAGGACUCAGACCAGCACGUCGGAUUACUUAAGUGCCAGUGAUGCCGUCAGGCCGGCACAUACGAGCUGGGCUUCCAGCGCCGACAUUUCAACUUACGACACUUCGUACGCGCACCCUCUAAGCAUGUCACGGGGCGUGCCACCUAUGUCGGGACAUAACUCGCAUCAUUCUGCCUUCAGCUUCGACCUCCAAGAGCCAGGCACUUCAUCUGGCCAGAGCAGCCGACGUGGCAGCGCUGUCCGACCCGCCCAAGUUAGGGAGCUGCUGAACGACUCGGUGUGGGUGGAAAGUAUCCGCCGGACUGCUACGGUGCGAAAAUCAGUGCGAAAAUCCGACUGGAAUGGAUAUCGAUGA